AUGUAUAUUAUACCAAUAAUAACUUCAUUAAUAUCAAUACUACUAUUCACAUUUACAAUUGCUUCACCACGACUAAAAAAUAAUAAACAAAAUGAAUUAAUACAACCAUAUAAUCAAGGAAAUACGCCUCCUCAAUAUUCAACAACCACAUCAAGCCCACAAUAUAAUCCACAUCAACAACCUCAUCAAGCACAUCAACAAACAAGAGCUAGCUCUCUACUACCUUUAGAAUUUCGUUCAAUAGAUGAUUGUGAUCUACAAGACUUACUAUUAGUUAGUGAUAUUAAUGGAAAUUUACAUGGAGUUGAAAGAAGUACAGGUACUUUAAUUUGGACUUUACCAAUGGAUGAACCAUUAGUUCAAGUAUAUACAAACAAUACUUCAAACCCAAAUACACAACAAUCAAAUAUUUUAUGGUUCGUUGAACCAUAUGAAGAUGGUACAUUAUAUUAUUUUACACCAAAUUUUGGAUUAAAUAAAUUACCAACAAGUAUAAAAAAUUUAGUAAUGGAAUCACCUUUUUCGUUAAGCGGUGAUGAUAAAAUUUAUACAGGUACAAGAAAAACUUCAUUAUAUAAUUUAAAUGUUCAUACAGGAGAGAUUAAAUCAUCUUUUGGUAUUCAAGAAGAAUGUCCUAUCCCCAAAAGUAAAUUACCACCAAAUCAAAGACAUAAACAACAACAACUGAAUGACGAUGACACAAUAAUGAUAGGAAAAACAACUUAUGAAUUAACUAUACACUCCAAAACCAAUAGCAAUGUAAUGUGGAACGUUACAUAUAGUCAAUGGGUUCCAAAUAAUAUAGAUAAUGACUUGAUAAUGCAAAAUCAACAAUCUUUAGAUAAUAUUUAUUUCACACCGUUUCAUGAUAGAUCAUUAUUAGCAAUAAAUAAAAAUAUUGGAACUCCAAUUUGGAUAAGUAAAUUACCAGCUUUGGCGGUGAAUAUAUUUGAUAUUUUUUAUAAUGACAAAUUAAAUAAUAAUGAGUAUAUAUUAUUACCACAUCCUUUAAAAGUUUUAAAUGAUUUACAAACUAAUGAAAUUGCCAAUAAUGAUUUAAUAUUCAUAAAUAAAACAUCAAGCUUGGAUCAAUGGAUUGCUAUGUCAUUCAAAAACUACCCCACAUUAAUCAAAAGUGCACCAAUCUCAAAAUAUCAAAUGAUCUUGAAUAAUUAUUAUUCGGGUAUAAACGACCCAUCAUCAAUUAAUUUUAUAGAAAAUUACCAACUAGCAUCAAAUUCCAAAGAACAAAAUGAACAACUACUUUCCGGUAUACAUAGAGUAUUUGAAUUAUCAAGUGACACAUCGUAUCAACCAAUUUCAAGAUUCUCAUCAGUAAAAGACAUCAAGAGAAUAGGUGAUGGAAGAGAAGGAAAUAAUGAUCAUAAUCUGUUACUGCAACAGCAGCUGGACAAACAACAGAGUUAUAAUAAUGAUAUUCCUAAUAUUAUAGAUGGUAUUAAAUUUCCUGCUAAAGUCUCAACUAUUGGUUCUGAUAUUUUAAUGGUAGACCCUGUAUCAAAAGAUAUCGUAGACAAUUAUAAGCCAUCAAUAAUUAAUGAUGGCAAAUCUGAAAAUUCGGGAACAAAUGCAAUUGUGAAAAGAAUUUUAGAAGAUAUUGGUGUCUUACUUAUAAUUUUAUUAUUAUUUAUCACCUUCGGCAGAAAAAAUAAAUACGUAAAAAAAUUAUUUGGUGAAUAUAAUAUAGGGAACAAAAGUUUAAAAGAAAUUGUUAUUGAAAAUCAUAAAGAUGUUGAUGAAAAAAAUACAGUGGAAAAACCAAAGGAUAUUGAAGACGAUUUGGAGAAGAAUGUAAUCAAUGAAAAAGAACCAAUUAAUGACGUUAAUGAAAGUGAUGACAAACCAAAAGAGCCGCAAUUAGCAAAAAAGAAAGUUAAAAUUGUAGAACCAGAAUUUGAAACGGAACCAGAAUCAGAACAAGAACAAGAAGAACAAGAAGUUGACCAAGAUAAAGAAAACGCCACUAAACCUCCUGAGGAUGAAAUUUCAAAAGAAGAUGAGCCAACCACCAAAAAGAAAAGGAAAAGAGGAUCUCGUGGUGGUAAACGAGGAGGCAAACAUAUCAAUAAAAACAAAACCACAGAAGACAACGAAACAGAAUCUAUUGAAGAAAUUGUGAAGAUUAACGGCAAUGAUGAUGAAGAAAUCAUUACGACCAGAAGUCUUAUCCAAAGUUUACCAUUACCACCGAAAUCUAAAACAAAAUUACAAAUUGAGAAUAAUUUAAUAAUAUCAGAUAAAGUUUUAGGUUAUGGAUCACAUGGUACCGUUGUAUUUGAAGGAACAUUUGAAAAUAGACCAGUAGCAGUUAAAAGAAUGUUAUUAGAUUUUUAUGAUGUUGCAAAUCAUGAAGUUCGGUUAUUGCAAGAAUCAGAUGAUCACCCAAAUGUUAUUAGAUAUUUUUGUUCACAAACUUCUGAAAGUGAAAGAUUUUUGUAUAUUGCAUUAGAACUUUGUUUGUGUACUUUGGAAGAUAUUAUCGAAAAACCUCAAAAAGUUUCAGAUUUAUGUAUACCAAAGAGAAAUGAAAUUUUGUAUCAAUUGGCAAGUGGGUUACAUUAUUUACAUUCUUUGAAAAUUGUUCAUAGAGAUAUUAAACCUCAAAAUAUUUUGGUUGCAAAUAUUAAAAAAAAUGUUCAAACUAUAAAGAAGAAUUUAAUAAGUCAACAACUUCAAGACCAAGAGAAAAAUGAUUCUGAAGAAGUCUUUACAUUUGAAAACAAUGUGAGAUUAUUAAUUUCGGAUUUUGGAUUGUGUAAAAAAUUAGAUAAUGAUCAAUCAUCAUUUCGAGCAACUACUCAACAUGCAGCAUCUGGUACUUCUGGUUGGAGAGCUCCUGAAUUAUUAUUAAAUCAUGAUUUACUAGAAAUUUCACCAGAUUCAAUAUCAUCUGUACAUUCAAAUGGUAAUGGUACUACAAAUUCAUCAAAUACAUCAUUAACUUCAACAGGAAAAAGGUUAACUAAAGCAAUUGAUAUUUUUUCAUUGGGUUGUGUAUAUUAUUAUAUAUUAACUAAUGGGUUACAUCCAUUUGGUGAUAGAUACUUGAGAGAGGGAAACAUCAUUAAGGGAGAGUAUGAUUUAUCACCACUUUUGAAGUUUUGUCCACAUGAUCAGUAUGAAAGUAUAGAUUUAAUUUCUAAAUUAAUUAGUGCCAACCCUGGAAAAAGACCAAACACAAGUCAAAUUUUAAAACAUCCUUUAUUUUGGACAAAUUACAAAAGAUUGGAAUUCUUGUUAAAAGUAAGUGAUAGAUUUGAAAUAGAGAAAAGAGAUCCACCAUCACCAUUGCUAAUCAAAUUAGAAACCCAUUCAUCAAAAGUUUUCGCUGGUGAUUGGCAUUCACAAUUAGAUGAUGAAGAAUUCUUAGACAAUUUAGGUAAAUAUAGAAAAUAUCAAUCAUCAAAGUUAAUGGAUUUGUUACGAGCUAUGAGAAAUAAAUAUCAUCAUUACAAUGAUAUGCCUACAAGUCUACAACAAAAGAUGUCACCAUUACCUUCUGGAUUCUACAAAUUUUUCAAUGAUAAAUUUCCUAAAUUAUUAAUGGAAAUUUAUUAUUGUGUUGAGGAAAAUUUGAAACAUGAGUAUAUUUUUAAUGAAUAUUUUUAG